UGCCAGUGUCAUAGGGAAGUUCACCAAUUGUUCUCGACUCAAGCUCGUCUCAGGUGAUCACGACUGCAGUGUCGCCUUCUCACACCAGAAUGUUUUCCCUCCUUUUCUUUGCUGUGCUCUGUGCCAGCUGCCUGGCAAAACCUGCUUUGGUGCACUUCUCCUACUCCCGAGCUAUUGGAGGUGGUAGUGGCACUUCCUUCUCCACAGAGGGGCAGGGACGGAUCACAGGGGUCAGGGUCUGGGAGAGAACAAGCGCUUACAUUGCUGGGAUCCAGCUGCGCUAUGAUUACAUUUGGUCUUCCAGGGUUGGUCACAGUGUUGGCACUGCAAAUGAACUGGCCCUAUUUGACGAUGAGGUCAUCGUUCAGAUCUCUGGUAAAUACCACUCCAACUACAUCUAUCAGCUAAUAUUUGUGACCUCCAGAGGACGCUCUCUGAUUGUUGGACAGCCAACGCAGACCUCCUUUAACUUCUACCCGAUCCACCCGGACGCAGAGCUCAGACUGCUGAGCGGCCGCUUCAAUAGCAAUGGGAUUACUUCACUGGGGGCUCAUUGGGGAGUGGUCUUCAUGGAUCAAGGCAACAGCACUGGCACCAGCCAUUAAUGGGAAAAACUGAAGAAAGGAUUAAUAUUCCAAUACUGAUUAAUAAUUAAAAACCGUGAAU